GCUGUGAGGGCAGCACAGUCCGUGACGAGCUGGUCCUUCAGGCGUCCCCGUUGCAUAGAAACGAAAACAGACAUCGGCAUCAUGAAACAUGCACACUUUUAAUAUCUGGAUUUCCUUGAUGAGUGUAGGUUAUCUUCACAACAUCUCACUGAGAAAGACAAACGUAGUGUACACAAGACAGACUCCGACAUUUUGGAUAAGUACCACCUGUUAACAAAGUCUAAUCAGCGACAUCAAGAUGCUAACCUUAGCUAGCUUACGCUCACUUCCGUUGUCAGAAGCCGACGGAUGCUAACUAGCCCUCUUGUAGGAGCUGAGUACUUUAAAGUAACGUGAUUUAUCCAGUCUGUUAGGUAAGUGCUGGCUUAUAAAAGCAUCCCAGUCAAAGCAAGAACAAGUUGAGAAAGAGAGAAAGGUGAAAAUGGCUGGCGACGUCAGCAGCAUCCCUGAACUGGACCAGAAGAAAUACGACUCAGACGAGCAGGUGAAGAUCAUCUGUCUGGGAGACAGCGCAGUUGGUAAAUCUAAGCUGAUGGAGAGGUUUCUCCUGGACGAAUAUCGUCCCCAGCAGUUGUCAACCUACGCGUUGACUCUCUACAAACACACAGCCACUGUGGGAAACAAGACUGUAGCAGUCGAUUUCUGGGACACCGCUGGUCAGGAGAGAUUUCAGAGCAUGCAUCCCUCAUACUACCACAAAGCACAUGCAUGCAUCAUGGUGUUUGAUGUUCAAAGGAAGAUCACAUAUAAAAAUCUGGCCAGCUGGUAUCAGGAGCUGAGAGAGUACAGACCGGAGAUACCCUGUUGUGUGGUUGCAAACAAAAUUGAUGCUGAUUUGAAGGUCACACAGAGAAGCUUUAACUUUGGGAAGAAGCAAGGACUCCCAUUUUACUUUGUAUCAGCGGCUGAUGGGACUAAUGUAGUUAAGAUGUUCAGAGAGAUGAUCAAGAGAGCAGUGGACUACAAGCAAAACCCCAGCGACUUCAUGGAUGAAGUGAUGCAAGAAUUAGAGAACUUUGAUCUGGAGAAGAAGGAAGAUAAUUCAGAAACAGAUGAGGACGGAUUGAAAGCAGAGAGUCCCGAGGUGGUCUGACAGAUGUUUACAGGUCCUCCAAACCCUCUUGUCGUCUAAAGGAUAAGUUAUCCUCCUAUGGGGUUGAUGCUCUACAGGACAGUGUUUGUCCUGAUGUAAUGUUGGUGGUCAGCUUUUAUACCAUUGGUUUGCAGCUACCACUGGAGGUCGGCAGACUUUGAGUCAGGUUUUAAGUCACCGCCCUCCUUCCGUCCAAUGACUCUGGCAGGGAAAUAAACCUGGUGGAGAAAUUGUGUUGAUUACCAAGUUUAUUUAGCUGCUGUUUUAGACUUGUCAUUCAUACUUUGUCUCACAAUAUAUAUUAUAAUAAUAUUAGAAAAUCCUACAAUGAGGCUGAAUGUGUUUUACUUUGUAAUAAGAAUGUGAAGCAGUGAAAACUAACUCAAGCAGAUCAAAGGGAACGUGUAAUUAUGAACUGUACUUGCUGCUGUUCUCGAUGUUUGUUCGUAGUGUUGUGUGCAAUGCCAGCGAGGAGCUGCAUCUGUUGGCUACUUUUGUUGCAUUCAUUUUAUGAUGUAAAGUCUUGUUUUCAGCCCCCUUUAAAUUAAAAGUUAAUGUACCAUGUAACCAAAUUAUUAUCACGAGUCUCUUUCCGACUUGCUGUGAUGCAGCAGUCGGCACAAGAGCAGUCAGUAGUCAACUUCAGCAUAUUAUAAGUUACAGCUGCAAGUCAUCCAUGAGCAGACAUCAGCUGCAUUGAACUUGUGAAGGUUUCAGCCUUUUGAAACGCUCCGCCAUCCGUGUCCUACAUGAUGAUUUGAGGCGAUUGUGUGUAUAUUCAUUCAUAUUAGCAGGAAUGUUGCCAUGAAGAACAUUAAACCAGUUUUCUGUCAGAAGGUGACGAUCAAUUAAACACACAAUUCAAUUAUAUUUAUAUUGAAUUAUAUCUGACUGUUUUGUGUGGCAUA